ACCAUUAUGCGAAUAAAUUAUUCCCCGUAUUUAUCACCCCAAGUGGAAUCAAAAGAGUGUUCCCUUUUGUGCCCCCUCGUAUGGCUCUACCGUUUUUGUAAAAUCCUGUUAAGUGACAAAAAGGGAACGUGCCUCACUAUCAACAGUGCUGAUCGGGAAAUAUGCAAAAAUGGGGCAUCAAACUGAAGGCGAAGCGGCAACCUCCGUUUUGUGUAACCAGAUGUGAUGGGGGAACUCCCCCUCAGCAUCUUCCUUCAAGGGGUAGAAGCACCCCCGAAGGGAACAGCGAGACGAGUUCACCACUUGGACGCUACGAAUGUGUUGCACUGCUGUAUGUGUAUAACAGCUUCGAUGGGUUAAGAAAUGGGGGGAAAAAUUACUUAAAAGAUGUAGUAGGGAAUCCCUUUGUGAAACCCAAUUUGAGUCUCCUUCCGAGGCAGCGAUGCAGCCACUGCUACUCCACCAACAACAAAGUCUACGUGAAGGGCGAACUUCACGACGUGCUUCCCGCCCUAUGCAAAGGCAAAGAAAUGGAAGCCAUUGCAGCGAACUUAAUUUUCUUCAUUUUAAAAUCUGUGAAUCUUAAAAAUGUAGAAACAGUAGAGGAGUAUAAGGACAACAUAAAAAAUGUGUACGCCAACCUGAUCAGGUGUUACCAUAAGAUAUUUACAGAAAAUGAAAAACAUGGUGAAUACAUUUUUUGCAUUUUUAAUGAUGACCUUGUAAAAUGUGUUAGCCCCUCUUUGAGGAAAAAUAAAAAAAACAUCAUCCAGGAACUUGUGCUAAACAGCUUAUGUUUUUUUUUUAAAAAUAAUGCAAAACAUAAGCACAGAUUAGACCCAAAUUUGAUGUGCGAAGUUGUAAAGUAUAAAAAAUUUUUGUACAUAUGGGAUUGCCUAUCCUUUGAUCGCCACCUGUUGAGGGAAGGCAUGACUGCCCGACAUGUAGACUAUCUGUUUGGUCACUUUUUAAAUGACCGAGCGUACCUUUGCCAGGCCAUUGCCUUAGCUUCCCUGUUUCUGUCUGAUGAGCAUGUCGGCUUUAGUUCCCCCUUUAAGGAAGACAGCGCUUAUAACUGCAGGAUUUUGCUGCAGUACAUACUACAGGCGCAGUCCAAGAAUUGCCUCUUUUUAUUUCUCGACGGCCUCAAAUGCGACGAUUUGAAGAGGGACGUUUAUCGGUGGCUGGCAUCCCUGGACGAGGCAUCAGGGUUCUUUGCCGACUACUGGGGAUACCUCUCAGCGCGGGAGUACCUGCUGCGAAGCAAGGCAAGGGAGAAGGAGAAGGACGAAGCAGGAGGAGGGCCCCCCAGCGAGGGAACCCCUAACGAAGGAGGGACCCCCAACGAGAGUACCUUUAACGAAGGAGGACACCCCAGCAAGAGUACCUUUAACGAAGGAGGGCAAGACCGAAAUUGCGCCCCAUGGGGGAAUAAUCCACUCCAACCACACAGUGACUACUAUGAGCUGCCCGAAGAAAUGAAAAACAUUUCAGUGGUAACUAAUGUAGAGAGUUUGCAUAAAAUGAUAGGAACGAUAAAGGCUAGUCAGGAAAGGCACUGGGUGGAUGGCAUAUACAACGAUGAGAGCACGUACACAUCCGAGUCCUGUGACGACGUAAUAACUGCAGAAGAUAUUAAUAACCACUUGAGGGGGAAACAAAAAAAAUAUUACAUAGGCAUCGAUGUCGAAUGGAACAGAUACCAAAAGGCUAGCAUAAUUUCAGUGGCAACAGAGGAACGAAUUUACCUUAUCGAUCUGCUAACUGUGGAUUAUAAUUACAAAAUUUUAAUUCAUUCAUUUUUUAAGUGGCUACUUGAAAACCCAUUCGUCUGUAAGCUCUUCUACAACUUCGCCUGCGACAUGCGUGUGUUAAAUUCGUUCUUUCGAGGCAUGUCGGUUGUGUGUACCUACCUAAAUGUGACUGAUCUGAGGGACCCCCUAUUUUUGCAACAGCGAAGUGUAGUCACUCCAUGCAGCCAAGACAGUGUACUUUCCGCUGAACUGUUCAAUCGAAAUGUAAUUGAGACGAAUGACAUUGAGUUAUUUAAAAAGGUGACGACAAGUAGCUUUCGCAACUUCAACGGUAGGGUGAAACAUCGGGGCUGCGAUAAUUUCGAGGGGGCGAUCCGUGUGUGCCCGAGCCGCACCACUGAUAAGCUUCAUUUUAAAAGUCUGAGUCAUUUAUGCCAGAAAUUUCUCGGCAAAAAUUUAAACAAACAAUUGCAGUUAUCCAACUGGAGCAGGAGGCCACUCAUGGAGAGUCAAAUACAUUACGCAGCCACCGAUGCGUAUGUCCUCAUCGUGCUGGAACGACUCCUCAUCGAGGGUAAUUAUUCCUCCGCGUGUUCCUCAAAUAGUAGUAGCCUUAGCGAUGCGUUUGUUCAGAAGUAUAAAUGUAGGAAUUGUUCCUGGGAGUAG